UCGGCCGGAAAUGAGGACCUCACGCCGCGGCGUCAGCCAAUGGGCAGCGCCGGCACUGGGCGGCGUGUCGGGCACCGCGCUCCGGUGAGCGGGCUGGGUGUGUUCUCGCAAGCGCUGUGACAUGGCCGUCGCCACCUGGUGCUACCGCGGCGAUCCUGAGGCGGAGCAGCCGGCGCUGCUGGUGACGUUCUCCAAUGGACAGCUGCAGCGGCCCGACGCUGUGCGUUUCUCCCUAUACCGCAGCAGCGAGGUGACCAACCCUCGGAAGAGGCGGCGGAGGAUCCUGGUUUCAGAAACUGAAAGGCUUUCAUACGUGGGGAAUAACUUCAGCAGUGGAGUUAUGAAAUGUAACUCCCUAUGCAGGUAUUUUCUUGGUGUAUUAAACAAGGAUUCUGGGCAAAUGGAAGUCUAUAAUGCUGAAAUAUUCAACAUGCAACCCUUACUGUCAGAUAAUUUAAUUCCUGAUGAUACAAAGGAUUAUCAGAAUAAAACCUACAGGGAGAAGGUGGAUUUGUGCAUUGAGGCAUUUGGUACCAGCAAGCAGAAGCGAGCUCUGAACUCUCGGCGAAUGAAUGCAGUGGGCAACGAUAUUCUUAAUACAGCUGUGACAAAAGCAGCAGCAGAUGUUAUAGAUGCAAAGGGGGUAACAGCUUUGAUCCAGGAUGUGGCCCAUGAUGAGGAGCAGAACAUGUCCAUUUUCCUACCACCAUGUCAUGAAGACGCUGACAAACCAGAAGAUGUUUACAAGUUUGAGAACAUUAUAUCCCCAGCAGAGUACGAAGCAUUGCAGGGUCCAGCAGCAGCCUUUAUUAACAUCACUCCAGAAGAAAUUGCCAAGAAAGCAGAAGAGAAAAGCCAUUGCUCCUUUGUCUUAGAGGAGUUGAAGUUCCUGCCUGCUGACGAGAAGAGCAGGGAUCACAAAGCCCGAUGCCUCUGGUUCCUGGACAUCCUUAUUAAGUUCAGCUUCCUGAAAAUAAUCAAGAAGAAACAUCCGAUGGGUUCUGAAUGCCCACACAUCAUUAGUAGGAAACUUAUGAAGAACUUCACUUCACUGACCUACAACAACGGCAGUGUUCAGAAUUUAAUCUCUGCAUCACUGAAGACUAAAAUCGCAGCAUAUGUCAUUGCAUUGGCUCUGCACAUUAAAAACUUCCAAAUAGAUCUCACCGUCCUGCAGAAUGACAUGAAGCUCCACGAAAGCAGGAUGAUGGACAUUGCAAGGGCCAUGCGGUUGAAGAUCUCCAAGAUAAAGGGGCUGCCAGGACUUGAGAAUGAUGAAAAUCACAAGCUUGGCACCCUCUCUCUCCCCUUGCCUGUGCAGAAAGCGUCAGGAAGCCAGAGGAAGCGCAAAAAGAUGAACUGAAAAUCUGGGAGGUUUGAGCAGGGGUCAAACAGUUCUGUUCUCAGCAGUCAUUCUGCACACACAGCAUCUUGGGGGUUCUUCUGUCGGUUGGAUUUGGUUUUCCAGCAUCACCCCGCAGCCCCGUUGAAGUCUGUGUGUUGAUGGGAAGAGAUGUUCAUUUCAUUAAACUGUUUAUCUUUUCUGUGCUUUUAGAAAAAG